GCUUUUGUGUCAGUGCUUAGGAGCUGCAAAGAGGGUGUUCUGGAGAAGGGGGGGGGGCUGGUUGGGGUGAGAGGCACCCCUUUUGCGCGCGCGUGCGCGCACACGCACACUCACACACGCGUUGCUGGCACACGCACACACGGGCGGACACACACUCAGACACGCACACACGCACCAGCACAAAGCUCGCUCAUCUCGAGCACACUAACGUGGCCGGCUUUCUUUGUGUGCAGCCCUCGAGGGGGGUUGGGGCCCCAGCCCGGUCCUAGGGAGAUGGCGCAGCCUAUCCUGGACCAUGGGAGCCUGCAGCCCGCCUCAGCGGCUGGCCUGGCAUCCCUGGAGCUCGAGUCAUCGCUGGACCAGUACGUGCAGAUUCGCAUCUUCAAAAUCAUCGUGAUUGGAGAUUCCAACGUGGGCAAGACUUGCCUGACCUUCCGCUUCUGCGGGGGAACCUUCCCUGACAAGACUGAAGCCACCAUCGGGGUAGACUUCAGGGAGAAGACUGUGGAAAUCGAGGGCGAGAAGAUCAAGGUUCAGGUGUGGGACACAGCAGGCCAGGAACGCUUCCGUAAAAGCAUGGUCGAGCAUUACUAUCGCAAUGUGCAUGCAGUGGUCUUUGUCUAUGACGUCACCAAGAUGACCUCCUUCACCAAUCUAAAAAUGUGGAUCCAAGAAUGCAAUGGGCAUGCUGUGCCCCCACUAGUCCCGAAGGUGCUUGUGGGUAACAAGUGUGACUUGCGAGAACAGAUCCAGGUACCCUCCAAUUUAGCCUUGAAAUUUGCUGAUGCCCACAACAUGCUCUUGUUUGAGACAUCAGCCAAGGACCCCAAAGAGAGCCAGAACGUGGAGUCAAUUUUCAUGUGCCUGGCUUGCCGAUUGAAGGCCCAGAAAUCCCUGCUGUAUCGUGAUGCAGACAGGCAGCAAGGCAAGGUGCAGAAACUGGAGUUCCCACAGGAAGCUAACAGUAAAGCUUCCUGUCCUUGUUGAAACCAAAUGGUGUAAAUACAAGAUGAAUUAUCAGUGGAAUUUUUUUCCCUUUCCUUUUUCUCUGUGCCUGCAUAAUGCUGACACCUGCUUGUUUCCAUACAAAUUGAUAUCAAAAUAAAAUUUGUAUAGAUUAUCGCAUGA